AUGAAAAACCGAUUUGCACUGCCGGAUGUGAUCGCUGCUACGGCGGAACUCAAAAAGCUUAUUGGAAUGCGAGUGAACAAUGUUUAUGAUAUUGACAACAAAACGUAUCUCAUCAAAUUGUCAAGAACUGAUGAGAAAGCGGUUAUCCUGUUCGAGUCUGGCGUUCGUCUUCAUCAAACAUUUCACGAUUGGCCGAAAUCUCAAAUGCCUUCUUCGUUUUCGAUGAAACUAAGAAAACAUAUUAAUCAGAAACGACUUACUGAAAUACGAGUCGUCGGAUUCGAUCGAUUGGUCGAGCUGACAUUCGGAACCGAGGACCGUGUGAAUAAGCUGCUCAUUGAGCUCUAUGAUCGUGGAAACGUCGUUUUGACAGAUGGCGAUUAUACAAUUCUGAACAUUCUUCGUGUUCGAACUGACAAAGACACUUCUGUUAGAUGGGCUGUUAGGGAAAAAUAUACAUUUUCGACGGACAACGAUGCUCGCGCAAAAAAUAUCGAAAUUUCUGAUUUCGAGGACAUUUUGAACAAACUAGGUGAUGGAAAGGAUGAACAACUCGUAAGAAUUUUGUCGAAUGUCACCAAAUGUGGAAAUCCUAUUACGAAGGAGAUCAUGUCACGCUGUGGCCUCAAAUUGGAUGCCAAGGUGAAUUCCAACAGCGAAUAUGUGAAAGUGGUACGAGAGAAGUUUGAGGAAUUUAAGAAAACUACGCUCGAGAUUUGGAAGAAUAUUGAAGAAGCGCCAGAAGGCCAUGUUUCCUAUACGGAACAACAAAGCGCAUUCGAUGGAUCGAUUUGUCAAGUGUAUCAGGAUUACAAUCCGAUCCGAAUGACCCAUGUUAAACUAUCCAAACAGCUGAAUUCGUUCUGUGAAGCCGUCGAUGAGUUUUACUCUCGAAUCGAAACGCAAAAACAGGAGCAGAAAGCAAUGAAUAUUGAAAAGCAAGCAUUGAAGAAACUUGAAAAUGUUGAAAAAGAUCAGAAAGAAAGAAUCGAUGCGUUGGUCAUCGCGCAGGAACAACGAGAACGAAUGGCAAAUCGAAUCAUUGUCAAUAAUGAUCUCGUUGAACGUGCUCUUCUCCUUAUUCGAACUGCCCUUGCCAAUCAAUUUUCUUGGUCGACAAUUGAUGAAAUGAGAAAGACGGCGGCUGCGAAUGGAGAUCCGGUUGCCAAAUCGAUCGUCUCGCUGAGUUUUGAAAAUAAUGAGUUUGUGAUGGCUCUAGGAGAUCCGUACGACGAAGAGGAGGAAAUAUUGAAAGUUCCAAUUGACAUCUCGAUGAAUGCUAGUAAGAAUGCGCAGCGAUAUUUUGUCGACAAGAAACAAGCCGCUGAAAAAGUGAAGAAAACUGUUGCAUCUUCAGGAAAAGCUAUCAAGAAUGCGCAAGAGAAAGCGAAAACAACAUUAGAAAAUGUUCGAAUCGUUACUGAAGUGAAGAAAUCACGAAAGGCGAUGUGGUUUGAAAAAUUCCGAUGGUUUAUUUCAUCUGAAGGAUACAUUGUUGUUGCGGGAAGAGAUGCUCAACAGAACGAGCUUCUUGUCAAGAAAUAUCUUCGAGCUGGAGAUGUCUACGUGCACGCUGAUGUUCGAGGAGCCUCGUCUGUUGUUAUUAGAAAUAAAAUAUCAGGUGGAGAAAUUCCGCCGAAAACCUUAACCGAAGCGAGUCAAAUGGCAGUUUGCUACUCAAAUGCUUGGGAAGCGAACGUAACUGCGAAUGCAUGGUGGGUUCGACAUGAUCAGGUGUCUCGAACUGCUCCAACCGGUGAAUAUCUACCGUCUGGAUCGUUCAUGAUUCGCGGAAAAAAGAAUUUUAUGCCGCCUAGUCAGUUGGUAAUGGGCCUUGGAAUUCUAUUCAAAUUGGAUGACGAAAGUGUCGAGAAGCAUCGACAAAUUGAAGCGGAGAAGCGAAAUGACGAGGAAAAAUGUGAACAGAACACGAAUAAGAAGCAAGAAGUGCAGAAGGAUGAUGAAGAAGAGGAAUUUCCCGAUGUUCAAUUGAAUAUUGGACGAGUUUCAAUCGAAGAUGAAGAAGUUACACUGAUCGAGGUUGGACCGAAAAAUGGAGCUGUGAAAGGCGGAAAAGCUGUGCAGCCUACGAAAGAAACCACAGAGAAAUAUCUCGAAGAGAAGAAACAACAAGAGUUGGCGAAUGCGCUGCCGAGCGCUCGCACUCAAAAACGAAAACAGCGCAAAGAGAAGCUGAUCAAACAGAAGUACAAGGAUCAGACGGAAGACGAUUUGAUGAUUCACAAGGAACUUCUGAAACCCGAAGGUGAAAAACCAAAAGAGGAGGCGAAGAAGGCGGUUGAGCCGGAGAGGAAGCCGCGGGAGCAAAAUGCUCCUCGCGAGGAAAAUCGACCUAAAAAGGAAGAAGUGGAGGUGGAAGAAGAGGAUGAAGAAGACAGAGAAGCGUUGAUUGAAGAAGAAGGAAUGUUGGCGACGCUGACGGCAACACCGUUUGAUGAUGACACUCUGAUCUUCGCAGUGCCCGUUGUAGCUCCAUAUUCGGCAUUGGCCCAAUACAAGUAUCGAGUGAAAAUAACUCCUGGUCCUGGAAAACGCGGAAAAGCUACGAAAUCAGCCAUCGAGCUGUUCACGAGAGGCAAAAACGAUCGUCAAAGUGCCCUCAUCAAAUCCUUGCUCUCCGAUGAUUCAGCCUCGAGAAAUCUGCCAACCAAAGUACGCAUUUCUGCCCCACAAUUGCAUGCAAAAUAG